CUCAAUAGUUGCAGCAGCAGUCACAGGCCUACAGCCUACAGCUAGCUAGCACACACAAGGCCACCAUCUUCCCUCAGCUCAUUCCCCUUUCCUUUUUUUCCCCUCCCAUCAUCACGUGCAGGUACUCCAACCAGCAAUUUCAUCAAUUCCUCCUACUCUUGUUCCUCAUCUCCAUCUCUGCUGGUGUGGAGUUUCUACGUACCUCUCCAUUCCAUUGCAUUGCAUUGCAUUCCAUUGUUAUUCUUGAGUAGCUGAGUCACUCGAUCCAGCUAGUGACUGAGGCCACCGAGCGUGAGAGGGCAGGGAUGAGGAAGCGCUAGCUCUCAGUCCUUGAGUCUCUUCUCUCUUCUCUCUAUAUAAAUCUAGGCAGCAGGCAGCCACUGCACAUUCCCUCACCAACUCAGGCAGGCAGAGGCAGAGGCAGAGAGAGUUUGCCGCCGACACAGCCAUACAUAGAUACACCAGCCGGCCGGCAUCCGGAUGGAUUCGUCCUCGUCAGCCGGGGCCGGGGACGACAGGUGGAGGCUGUCCAAGAAGGGGCGGAGCAGAUCCGGCAGGCCGCACGCCAUGGACGCCGCCGCGGGGAGCGUGCUCAGCCGGAGCUACUCGGCCAGCGUGAGCAGCAGCAGGAGUACUGCAGCAGGCACCAGUACUGCAGCAGCCACAGGCAGCUCUGCCGCCGCCCCGUCUUCUCAGCAGCAGCAGCAACAACAACAAGCAGGCGCCGCCGCCUGCCCAGCGGAGUCGUCGUCGUCGUCGUCGUCGUCGUCGUCGCGGCUGUCCAAGAAGUGCGUGGAGGCGGUGAAGGAGCACCGCGCGCGCUUCUACAUCGUCCGGCGCUGCGUCUCCAUGCUCGUCUGCUGGCGCGACUACUAGCUAGCUAAGCUAAGCAACCCCGCCCUGCUCUGCCGAGCUAGCGUUCCUCGGACUCGGACCUAUAUAUCCACCUAGCUCCAUGCGUCCAUCCAUGGCCUUCUCUUCUUUCUGUAGCCCCACCCACUGCACUCUUCCUUGAAUCCGUGUAGCUGAUUUUGUUCCCCAUUUAUUUUGCUGCGUGUUGCUUGCUGUCAAUAGUUUCUGUAUGUACAUAAGUAAGUUAGCAAGAGGUGAACGAAAAGGGGCAUGGUGAAUUGGUGAUGGAUGAGCAGAUGACUCCUUCCUUCUCUUGCCACUGCUAAAGUAAAGAUCUAAUUUUUUUUGUUUUGUUUUGUGUU